UUGAAGAAUGGAGUCCAGAAUUAGUAACAAACUUCUUAAGACUAAACAAAAAACUGUUUCUUAAUGAAAAGACAAUUCAGAUUAUAGAAACAUUAGAUUACUCUGGUGAAAAUUUUCUUCAAUCGACCGAAGAAGAACUUGAAAGACGCAACAUACCCCAUGGUGCAGCAAAAAGGAUUCUCAACGAACUUAGAGAACAAGCGAAGAAAGGCACUACCAACAGCAGUAAACCUUCGAAAUAUGUAGCUGUUAAGGGGGAAGGCGGAACGUCGGACACUUCUUCAUUGCCCGAAGAUGAAGCUUUUGAAGAACGAAAAAAGCCACACACCAAUACCCCCAAACCGAUAAUCGUCAAAUCGAACAAAAAAAGAUUAUCUUCUGCGGAAGCUGCUCUUCCGAAUAUGGAUGAUAUAGAAACACUUCGAGAAAAAUUCAGGAGAAUAUACGAGUCCAGGAAGGAAAAUGAAGGCAUUACCUUUAAAAAAAUAGUCGAUGAAGAGAUUGAAAUCGGUUACAUCAGUUCAUUUACCAUAUCAAAAUUUUAUAACGGUGAAUCGGCUCUUCGUGUAGGUCAAAAUGAGAUAGCAGUCCGAGAUUGGGUUGGGAGAUAUGAAAAGAAAAUUAAAAGAAAAAUAGCGAGGAAUUAA